CCCUCAAAAGCAUGUGCCGCCACCGCCACUUUUAUCUAUACAUGUGAACAUGCUUGUAAUGUGAGAGAGAACUCCUCUGGAGUCUAGACCACUGUCGGAACCAAAAAAAUGUUUCUUUAUUACCGAUAAAUAUAACCGUUGGGAUCCACCGACAUGUGUCUAAACUCACCCACUUCUCUCCUUCAAUUUCCUUUCUAUUUUCUCAACCUUCCCUCCUUAUCAGUAAUUCUAAGAAAUACACUCCUCUCUCUCUCUCUCUCUCUCUCUCUCUGCAAACCCGUGAUUGAAUCGCCCUCAAUCCAUCGAAAUAACGAGAAUUUCAGACAAUGGAAUCAUAGUUCUCUAAUGGGUUUUCACCAAAACUAGCAAUGACGUCACUUUCCGGCGAGUUUUCCGGCAUAAUUUGCAUAAACUUCUUUCUAUUCCUCCUUUUUCCCGGCAACAUCGUCUUCAUCGGAAGCACAGAAUUCGAUUUCGGAACCUUAACUCUGAGCAGCUUGAUGCUUCUCGGCGAUGCCCACUUGAACAACGGGAGCGUGAGGCUCACUCGCGAACUCGCGGUCCCCAACUCUGGCGCCGGCAGAGCUCUUUACUCCAAACCCAUCCGAUUCCGGCAGCCGGAGACUCACGUUCCGGCGAGUUUCUCCACAUUCUUCUCCUUCUCUGUCACUAAUUUGAACCCAUCUUCGAUCGGCGGCGGACUCGCUUUCCUCAUCUCCCCGGACGCCGCCGCAUCCGGCGGCGCCGGCGCGUAUCUGGGAGUGAUGGACCAGAACGACGGCCCAAACGGCGUCGUAGCGGUCGAAUUCGACACUCUGAUGGACGUUGAGUUCAACGACAUCAAUGGAAACCAUGUGGGUUUGGAUCUGAAUUCCAUGGUUUCAUCGUAUGUCGGCGAUUUGGAAUCUGUAAAUCUUGAUCUGAAAAGCGGCGACCUGGUUAACUCGUGGAUCGACUACUCCGGGUCGACUCGGGUCUUCAAUAUAUCAGUCUCGUACUCGACUCUCAAGCCCAGAGACCCUCUCUUAUCGUUCAGUCUCGAUCUCGAUAAGUACAUCAGCGAUUUCAUGUAUGUUGGGUUUUCCGGGUCGACUCAGGGGAGUACCGAGAUUCACAGCAUUGAGUGGUGGAGUUUCACUUCAUCUUUCGAUAUGAAUAUAAAGUCCGAGUCAUCAUCGCCGCCCCCAACCACCACUUUGAUGAAUCCAACGGCUAAUUCUAUCAACCCACCACCACCACCAGCAGCCGCGCCGCCGUCAUUGCCGCCAUCGGAAUCAAAUAGUACAAUUUCACAUACCUCUCAAAAUAAGAGUAAGUGCCAUAACAAGUUGUGUAGAGAAAGGCCAGUGGUGGUAGUUGGGAUAGUUAUGGCUAGUGCUUUCAUUUUAGCCUUGUUUGUUGUUUUUUCGAUCUGGGUAUAUUCUAAAAAGUUCUAUCACGUGACAAAUUCCAAUUCUUUUGCAUCCGAUAUCAUCAAAAUGCCCAAAGAAUUUAGCUACAAGGACCUUAAAUUAGCAACAAAAUCGUUCAAUUCUAGCCGAAUCAUUGGUCAUGGAGCGUUUGGGACGGUCUAUAAAGGCAUAUUACCGGAGAGUGGUGACAUUAUUGCGGUGAAGAGGUGUAGUCAUAACGGUCAAGGAAAGGCCGAGUUUCUAUCAGAAUUGUCCAUAAUUGGAACUCUUAGGCAUAGAAAUCUUGUUAGGCUUCAAGGUUGGUGCCAUGAGAAAGGUGAAAUUCUAUUAGUCUAUGACUUCAUGCCUAAUGGGAGUCUUGACAAGGCACUCUUUGAAUCAAGAAUGCCAUUGCCAUGGUCUGACAGGAGAAAAAUCUUGAUGGAUAUUGCAUCUGCAUUGGUAUAUUUGCAUCAAGAGUGUGAAAACCAAGUGAUUCACAGAGAUGUGAAGACUAGCAACAUAAUGUUGGAUGAAGGGUUCAGCGCGAAGUUGAGUGAUUUUGGGUUGGCAAGGCAAAUUGAGCAUGAUAAGUCACCAGAUGCGACGGUGAUGGCGGGGACAAUGGGGUACUUGGCUCCAGAGUACUUGUUGACAGGAAGAGCUACUGAGAUAACUGAUGUGUUUAGCUAUGGAGCUGUGGUGCUUGAGGUGGCUAGUGGAAGGAGGGUUAUUGAGAAAGAGGGGAAUGGAAAUUUGGUGGAAUGGGUUUGGGGUUUGCAUAGAGAUGGGAGGUUGAUUGGGGCUGCUGAUUCAAGGCUUGGUGGUGAGUUUGAUGAGGGGGAGAUGAGGAGGGUGUUGUUGGUUGGGUUGGCUUGUUCUAACCCUGACCCAAUGGCUAGACCUACAAUGAGGGGUGUGGUCCAAAUGUUAGGGGGUGAGGCUGACGUCCCUAUUGUCCCAAGAGCUAGGCCUUGUAUGAAUUUCAGUACUUCCCAUCUAUUGUUGAGCUUGCAGGACAGUGUCUCUGACUUGAAUGGUAUGAUCACUAUCUCCACUUCCUCCUCAGGGCACAGCUUCAAUGGUGGUGGCGAUGGGGAACUAGUCUGAUUCAAAUCAUUGGUUGAAAUUUCUUGAUAUUGUUUAUUAAAACUUACAUAUAUCCAUUUGGGUGAAUUCUUUCUUGAGAGUUUUUUUUUUUUUUGUCAAAACACUAACGAUUGUUGCAUUAUGUUUCAAAUUUUUUGUAUUUUGAGAUUCUUUCAUAAUAGAACAUAGAGAUUUAGGGACAAAUGAUUCUUGGCGAUCUAUUUGUUAUUAUGCAUGACACAAUGACAUGGAAUAAUUGCUUGUAUAAAGUUUGGGGACUUGGGCCCUCAAUUUUGGUUGUGCUAUUAUGUUUUUUCUUUGGGUUGGAUUGGGUUUUUCUAGAGUUAUAUGGAGAGCUUGAGUUGUUGCUUUCACAAGAAAACUCAAUAGUCAAAAAGUAGGCACAUAACAGUUUGAGUAGAGUUUUGGCCAAGUGUGGUCACAGUAGUCCAUAUUUAUUAUAGGACCCUUUUUUUUCUGUAGUUCUUUCAUGGUGGCCCAUGGCUGUUGUGGAUGAUGAAACAAAGCACUGAAUGCUUCUUUUUUUCUCUUUUUUUUCUUUUUAAUUAUUUGCCUUAUAUAUAUACAUUUUUUUA